AUGGUUGGAAAAACCAAUAAACUCUACGUAUAUAAGAGAGGUGGACGAAUGGAAGAAGUUCAUAUUGACAAAAUCACCUCUAGGAUAAAGAAAUUAUGUUAUGGACUCAACAUGGAUUUUGUGGAUCCUGUAUGCAUCACACUGAAAGUAAUAAGUGGCAUAUACUCAGGAGUAACAACAGUUGAACUUGAUAACUUGGCCGCUGAAACUGCAGCUACAAUGACUACAGACCAUCCUGAUUAUGCUGUGCUAGCGGCUAGAUUGGCUAUAUCCAACUUGCAUAAAGAAACAAAAAAACAUUUCUCAGAUGUUAUGACAGAUUUGUACAAUAUUAUCAAUCCACAUACCAAAAAGCAAAGCCCCAUGAUAUCAAAAUUUCACUACGAUAUAAUCAUGAAACACAAAGAACGGUUGGAUUCUGCUAUUGUGUAUGACAGAGAUUUUAAAUAUAACUACUUUGGUUUUAAAACUUUGGAGCGAUCAUACUUGUUGAAGAUAAACAACAAGGUUGCUGAACGGCCACAACACAUGCUGAUGCGUGUGUCUAUAGGAAUACACGGUGAAGAUAUUGAUGCUGCAAUUGAUACAUAUAAUUUACUGUCGGAAAAAUAUUUUACCCAUGCCAGCCCGACAUUAUUUUCAGCAGCAACGCCACGACCACAGCUAUCUUCAUGCUUCUUAGUUGCAAUGAAGGAUGAUAGUAUUGAAGGCAUAUAUGACACAUUAAAGCAAUGUGCUUUAAUAUCUAAAUCUGCUGGAGGUAUUGGAGUCCAUGUUCACUGCAUAAGAGCCAAAGGCACUUAUAUUGCUGGAACAAAUGGUGUCUCCAAUGGCCUUGUCCCUAUGUUGCGAGUGUAUAACAAUACUGCCAGAUAUGUAGAUCAAGGGGGCAAUAAACGUCCUGGAGCUUUUGCAGUAUACUUGGAACCAUGGCAUGCAGAUAUUUUCGAAUUCUUAGAUCUGAAAAAAAAUACUGGCAAAGAAGAAGUACGAGCUAGAGAACUCUUUUAUGCUUUAUGGAUACCUGAUUUAUUUAUGAAAAGAGUAGAGAGUAAUGAAAAUUGGAGUCUUAUGUGUCCUCAUGACUGUCCAGGCUUAGCAGAUUGUUGGGGAGAAGAAUUUGAGGCACUAUACAAGAAAUAUGAAAAAGAAAAUCGAUUUGUUAAGCAAGUUAAAGCUCAGGCUCUGUGGAAAGCUAUUAUAGAAGCACAAGUAGAAACGGGAACACCAUAUAUGUUGUAUAAAGACUCGUGCAACCGCAAAAGUAACCAAAAAAAUCUAGGAACUAUUAAGUGCAGCAAUUUGUGUACUGAAAUAGUGGAGUACACUUCAGCUGAUGAGGUUGCUGUUUGCAAUUUGGCCUCUAUUGCACUUAACAUGUUUGUCAAUGAAGAUAAAACAUACAAUUUUGAUAAACUAAAAGAAGUUACAAAAAUCAUAACACAGAAUCUUAAUAAAAUUAUUGAAGUUAAUUAUUACCCAGUUCCUGAAGCUAAAACAUCCAAUAUGAGACACAGACCAAUUGGUAUAGGAGUGCAAGGAUUAGCAGACACAUUUAUUCUUAUGCGUAUUCCAUACGAUAGUGAACCGGCCAUAAAGCUAAAUCAACAAAUAUUUGAAACAAUUUAUUACGGAGCACUUGAAGCAAGCUGUCAAUUAGCCGAAAAAUAUGGAGUCUAUGAAACUUAUGAAGGCAGUCCGGCGAGCCAAGGAAUUUUACAAUACGAUAUGUGGAAUAAGACUCCAACUAACUUGUGGGACUGGACUGCCUUGAAAGAAAAAAUUGCAAAACAUGGCCUUAGAAACUCACUUUUAGUAGCUCCCAUGCCCACAGCAUCUACAGCUCAAAUUCUUGGCAAUAAUGAGUCAUUUGAACCCAUAACCUCCAAUAUAUAUCAGAGACGCGUUCUAUCAGGUGAAUUUCAAGUUGUUAAUCACCAUCUAUUACGUGAUCUCACAGAAGCUGAAUUGUGGGAUGAAGACAUGAAAAACCUUAUCAUCCACAACAAUGGCUCCAUACAAAGCAUUGAGGUAAUUCCUAAAGAAAUUAGAGAUUUGUACAAAACUGUUUGGGAAAUUUCUGUUAAGACCACUAUUCAAAUGGCAGCAGACAGGGGAGCAUUUAUAGAUCAAAGCCAAUCAUUCAACAUUCAUGUUGCAGAACCUAAUUAUGGGAAGCUAACUUCUAUUCAUUUUUAUUCCUGGAAAAUGGGUUUGAAAACAGGAAUGUAUUAUCUACGUACUAAACCUGCAGCAAACGCUAUACAAUUUACUGUAGACAAAUCUAAAGUUAAAAGCAAGGUAGCAAAUAGUAAGGCCGAAGCUGAUGAAGCUAAUAUGGCUGCUAUAACUUGUUCUUUACAAAAUAAAGACGAAUGUUUAAGUUGCGGAUCAUAAAUUUGAUGACAAAAUCAUUUUAUGCUUUUUAUAUCAUAAUUUUUAUGUCAAUAGUAUUUGUUAAAUGUCAAUUUAAUCAUAAGGAGUGUACACAUCUGUCGAAUCCGCUACAUGCUUGUCGCUCGCGUACUAAAGCUUAUGCACACAAUGUUUUUUUAAGCAAGCUGUGGGCUUAGAAUGAAAAUCCCACGACAGGACUCUAUAUUGUUUUAUUAGGAUUGGUUAAGAGAUCAACAUGUGACUGACACAUUGGUCUCACGAUCAAUAGGAAAAGGUCAUUCUAAAGGGGCAGAUUUUUUAGACUGAAACGUGCAGAGUGCGUUAGAAUUAGAAACACAUCGUAUAGCUUUAAAACAGGGUCUCUUUAAUAAAUAGCUGUGAUCAUAAAAACGCACUAGAAUGUCUCUAAUUUCGUGAGUAUGCUUCUUGUAGUGAAGAAUUAUUGUCUUACGAUAAAGAGCCAAUAAAUUAUUAUCUAUAACAUGCACCAAAAAUAUGUAAUACUCUCUUGCUAACUUGCUUUUGAUGCUUUUGGAUCAUUAUAUACUAGCGCAAUUCUAAACGGCACAACACGCCUUCCGCUUGGGAGUGACUCGCAAAGAAAUUGCACAAGGAAUCCACACAAACAGUUACUGGACCUAAAGCAAAUUAGCACGUUAGCUGGAUGUGUACGGCGCACAUUGUGAGCUGCCUUUCAUAUCUGAUCAGUUUAUUUCCCUAUAUAUUAUGGAAUACAAUGUAAAUUUAAUACAGCGUCGACUAGGCGUGCUGAGUCAAACACUAUCGAGUCUGAUUAAUUCGCCUUUUAGACAUUAACUAUAAACUGUGUCUAUAGAACACGCUGCAGCGCGCCGUACCGUGUCGCCGCAUAUACAAAAUACAUGCUGUAUGAUUCCAUACUUAUUGUUCUCAUGUCAACGCCAGGCAUAAUAGGUAUCAUAAAAGUAAGACUGAGUUAAGCAUAUAUUUUUUUAUUUUGGAGUAAUAUUGGAUGUGACUUUUUUAUUAACAACCUUGUCCUUACAGUAAAAUCAAGUGAAUUGCUAUAAGCCUUGUACGUUGGAAUAAAUAUGCGAUAUAUAUCAUAUUAUGUAUUAACAUGAAUAUAUUCGUACUAAUUGUUU